AUGAGUCUAAUGCAGCAAGGAAUGGGAAUAUGUGAAAGCAAUACUGUGUCAUAUGGAAGCCAAAUGCAGGUAACUACAACAACUGCAUUAAGAGCCGCCAUUUCCACUGUGAGAACUUUGGAAGAUAGCCAGCCCGGAAGAAGGAUAUUAUCGGAGAAAACAAUCGAAUCAUUAGAGCCAUCUGGUAGCCAGGAGCAAGAUUCACAGUAUCAUGAGAUCCCACUAAGCUUACAGGCAAAGGCGUAUAUGGAUAUAAUGAUUCAAGCGACCGUAACAUCAAUGGUACAAUCAAUGCGUCAAUACAUGGAUCAGCAAUUUGAAAUGAUUAACAGAAGGUUUGCGCAACUAGAACAAGCUAAUAUGGGCAGCAAUGAAAUCAAUAGCGACAGCCAGAACUCAACAAGCACGCAGCAUAUACACAAUCGUACUCAGGAAACCACUCGUAUAGCAAGUUCAGGCAGCAACGUAGAUAUUAAUAAGAAGCAAGAAAGGACCAGCUGUGUAAAACUUAAAGCGACCUUAAGAAAAUUUCCAGCCAUCGAUUAUUCUGAAAUUAAGCUAACUCCUGCA